ACACUCCGCUUUGUCCAGACAUUCCGCUUUGUUCCUCAGAAGGCAUGAGACGCGCCAUGUUCUGCGGCCCACAUUCAGUCUCCAUCAUGGGAUGAAGUUUCCCAGGGCCAAAGCAAGACAGUGGCCCCCAUGGGCACCUGAGCAUGAAACACCAGAUGAUUCCGGUUGCGAUAAGUGAAAAAGAACUUAAAUCAUGGCACAAAGAAUUGUCUGCAUUUAUCUGGAAAGAGGCUUGGCGCCAGGUGUGCCAACCGGGGAUGGCAGAGAACGGGCUUCCCCCGCAGAAGGACAAGGUCCUGACCUUGGAGUCCAUGAACCCCUUUGUCAAGAAAGUGGAGUACGCCGUCCGUGGUCCCAUUGUCACCCGCGCCGUCCCGGAGAAGGAGCUUCAGCAGGGGGUCAAGAAGCCCUUCUCAGAGGUCAUCCGAGCCAACAUCGGGGAUGCCCAAGCCAUGGGGCAAAAGCCCAUUACCUUCUUCCGCCAGGUCAGUGCCCUCUGCAUGCACCCCGAUCUCUUGGAGGACCCCAACUUUCCAGAGGAUGCCAAAGAGAAAGCGCGGAGGCUGCUGGAUGCCUGCGGGGGACAUAGCAUCGGUGCCUACAGUGCCAGCCCAGGCAUCGAACUCAUCCGCCAAGACGUGGCCCGCUUCAUCGAACGCCGGGACGGUGGGAUUCCCUCCAACCCUGACAACAUCUUCCUUUCUACAGGCGCCAGCGAUGGAAUUGUGACGAUCCUAAAGCUGCUGGUAUCAGGAGAGGGCCGUUCCCGCACGGGGGUGAUGAUCCCCAUCCCGCAGUACCCUCUCUACUCGGCCGCCUUGUCUGAACUCAACGCUGUGCAGAUCAACUACUACCUGGACGAGGAGAGGUGCUGGGCCCUGGAUAUCGGGGAGCUGCGGAGGGCCCUGCGCCAAGCCCAGAAACAUUGCUGCCCAAAAGCCCUCUGCAUCAUCAACCCUGGAAACCCAACCGGACAGGUUCAAAGCCGCCAGUGCAUUGAGGAUGUCAUCCGUUUUGCUUCGGAGGAGAAGCUCUUCCUCUUGGCUGAUGAGGUAUAUCAGGACAACGUUUACGCAGAGGGCUCCCAAUUCCACUCCUUCAAGAAGGUGCUCUUUGAAAUGGGGCCCAAGUACUCAGACACCUUGGAGCUGGCCUCCUUCCACUCCAUCUCCAAGGGCUUCGUGGGCGAGUGUGGCUUCCGGGGGGGCUACAUGGAGGUGAUCAACUUGGACCCCGAAGUCCAGCAGCAGCUGACGAAGCUGGUCUCGGUGCGGCUGUGCCCGCCUGUGACGGGGCAGAUCCUCCUUGAUGUGGUUGUGAACCAGCCCCAGCCGGGAGACCCUUCCUACCAACAAUUCAGCCAGGAGAAACAGGCAGUGCUGGGCGCUUUGGCCAAAAAAGCCCGGCUCACGGAGGAGACCUUCAACCAGACGCCGGGGAUCCAUUGCAACCCAGUCCAGGGGGCCAUGUAUGCCUUCCCCCAAAUUCAGCUGCCCCCUCGAGCCGUCCAAGAAGCAAAGGCCCAAGGGCAGGCUCCGGACAUGUUCUUCUGUCUCAAGCUGCUGGAGGAGACGGGGAUCUGCGUCGUUCCCGGGAGCGGCUUCGGACAAAAAGAGGGGACCUUUCACUUCAGAAUGACCAUCCUGCCACCCUUGGAGAAGUUGGAGCUCGUCUUGAAGAAGCUGAGCCAAUUCCAUGACAAGUUCACCCAAGAGUAUUCAUAGUCCCAGGCAGAGCGGAUGGCCAACAAGCUUGGCUAGUAGUGGGCCGGAAGUGGCGAUGGGCCUGUGCCCAACUCACCUCCAGACUCUACAACCAUCCCAUUCUUCUUAUCUAUUAUCUUUAAUGCUCCACUCAAGAGGCCCAUGCCAGUUGGGUAUGGCCAGGGAAGUGGGACAACUCUGCUGUCUCCAUUAUCCACUUGACAUCUCAUGGCUUCCAUUUGGCCACAGUAGAGCCCAGCACCAGCCACUGUGGUCAUAGAAAUGACCUGCUCAGUCUUAUCAGUGAUCCCUCCACCCUUAUCUCUUUUACCAUUCCUGUGGUGCCAAUGGUGCCCAUUUGUGCCAGUGGACAGAAAUGUGCCUUUUUUUGCUGCCUCUGAUAUGCUCAGCUUUUCCUUUGGGAUGCUCUCCUCUCUAAGGGAGCCUGAGGCCUUUAGGGAUGGAAGUCACUAUCCAUGGUGCUUCCAGUGGUGAAAGAAAGUACCAUUCCUGUUGGGUCUGCACCAAAAUAGUCUUCCAACACAGACAUUUGGACUCAGGCUUAGGGUCCUCCAGUUGUCCUCUUCCCAGCCAGUCCUCGCAGUUCUGUGAAUGUGAGAGAUGGACAGACAAGGAUCAAUAAAACCCACAUGGUGGACACACUGGAA